AUGUUUCAGCAGCAAUUCACCAUCGGUCACGGGUCGUUCGAACGAUGCCAUACGCUGAGCCUUCCAAGUAUCAAGAGCAUGCAAGAGCUCAAAGCCGGCAUUGCAAAAAUCUUCUCUGUUUCCGACUCUGACUCCAUUUGCUUUUACGAUCGACGAGACGUUCUCACGUCGCUUGAUGACAUUGAGAAGAAUGAGGGCCCAGUGCAGAUUCGGGUGAACGGCGAAGUUGUACGAGAGCCGCCUGGACCGGAGCCGUUGCCGUACGUGGGCAACCGCUACGAGAUAUACCCGGAUCCGCUCGGCAAUUAUGACCGUCUCUUUGGUCGAUACGGGCCAGUCGUCAAGACGGUCAACAUGGGCACGACCAUCUACCUCACCAACGACCCAGACGUGUCUCAUGAGAUCCUGCGUGAAGGCGAGUUCUUCACCAAGACGACGUCGGACCCCGGCCACCCGCUGUACUACAUGAGAAACAACGAGGCGCUCUUCACGUGCGACAGUGAUGCACCGGCCUUCAAGUUGGCGCACAAGUAUAUCCCGCCCAGCCUGACUCCAAAGGCCGUUCGCCAUUACACGCCGACUAUUCUGGCCUGUGUCGAGAGGUCCUUCAACGUCUUUGACGAGCUUGACGAACGGGAGCUCGCUUUCAACGUGUACCAGUACACUUUCAAACUGGCCGGAGAAAUCAUCUGGAAAGUCAUUCUUGGGAUGGACUUGGGCCACUUCGACUCGAUCGACACCAAGCCCCACGAGACGAUCCGACUCCUGGGCGAGUACCUCUCCCUCAUGAAGAAGACCUCGCUGCGGGGCAGCUGGUACGGCUACCUCCCGUUCGGCACGCCCAAGAGGCUCAAGGUCGUGCGGCAACUCCUAUGGGACGGUGUCGCCAAGGGCAUCGAGGAGUCGGCCAAGACAGCAGCCAGCGACCUGCCGAUGAAAGAUGCAGCGAUGCACGCGGCCAGCGUCGCCGACUACCUCCGCCGGGCGGCCGACGAGCACGGGGAAAAGCUGCCCGAGGACCUCAUGCUCAGCAACUGCGUCAUCAUGAUCGGCGCCGGUUUCGUGACGACGUCCUCGCUGCUCGCCUGGCUCGUCUACGCCCUGGUCAAGUACCCAGGGAACCAGCAGCGGCUGCUCCAGGAGCUCGUUGACCACGGCGCUUCGCCCACCAAGGCGUGGUCGUACGACGAGCUGAGCGGGAUGCCGUUCCUGGACAAGUUUGUAAAGGAGACGCAGCGCAUGCACAACCCGUCCUUCCAGACGGCGCGGAACGCCAAGCGAGACGUCGUCCUUCCGGGCGGGUACUUCCUCCCCAAGGGGUCCGUCGUCAUCCCCACGUUCCCUUCGCUGCACAAGAACCCGGCUCACUGGGACAAUCCGACCCGUUUCGACCCUGAUAGGUGGGAUACCAGCGCCGUCAAGGGACGACACAAGAUGUCGUACACGCCGUUUGCGGCGGGGACGAGGGGCUGCGUUGGUUACAAUCUCGCAUUGUUGGAGGUCAAGAGUGUCAUGGCAAAGCUUGUAUAUCGUUAUCACUUCGAGAAUGCCUCGGCCGAGGCGGUGGUGUACGACCCGGAGUUCAUCGUUGUUCGGCCGCUGAACUUUUACGCUCGAGCAGUCAGACGGACAAAAUGGCCGGAAAGACAGAUGCAGAUUUAG